GUAAACAUAUACGACCCUGACGUGGCAUGACCACAUUGGACCACUUACUGUGGUUUCACGGAAACUUAAUCGAACAGCGAACAGCGUCGUCCAGGGCAGAGAAAAAUUCAGACAGCCAACAAUAAGCGGUUGCGAAUCAACUCCAACAAGUCUCUCCAAUCAGGUUUAUUUCUCCCAACUCUUUGUGCCAAAAACCCACCUCAUUUUCCCCCAUUUUCCAAGAAACCAAACAGGGAAAUUCUUUUCGUUUUCCGCUCGAAAUUACUCAGACUUUGUUCUUCAAAUCCAUCUGUAGCUGUUUCCUUUCGUCCUCCGAUAAAUCUUGUUUUCGUUAUCUUUCAUUUCUUGAUUCCUUGGUAUUGACUUUUUUUAUUUUAUUUUUUCCACUUGAGGGUUUUUGAUUAAUCAGAAAUGGGCGACAUGAAAGACAAAGUUAAGGGGUUCAUGAAGAAGGUCAAUAAUCCAUUCUCUUCUUCUUCUUCUUCUUCUUCUGGUAAAUUCAAGGGCCAAGGUAGAGUUUUGGGAUCGUCUUCAUCGGGACCUUCGAAUCCAAUUCUUACACGUCCCUCCCAAACCCCUCAGCCGAAGCCGAUUCCAAGUUAUAGUUCCUCAUCAGCUUCGUUGAAUUCUAAGCCUUCCUCUCAGAAAACACAGAAUCACGAACAAAGUAGGUCACAGUUCUCGAAUAAUUCGAACCCGGAUCGCAAACCGGCAAAUGGGUUUGAUGCUUUCGAUUCAUUGAUUACUACUGGUAAGAGAUCUCAAAAUGGGCACUCACUGAAUGUGUAUGAAUGUCCACUUUGUGGUCAAUCGUUUAGGUCAGAAGAAGAGGUGUCUGAGCAUGUGGAUAGCUGUGAGAAUGAUUCAGUUGAAAAUAAUAGAGAAGAUGGUGCUUCGGGAUUGAACAACGAUGGAGGGGAGUCAUCUCAGAGUGAAUUGGAGGUUUGUAUUGGCACAUUUCUUUCGGGAAAGCCAACAGCAGGGUCGGUUGAGGUUGUUCUCAAGCUUUUUAGGAAUAUAGUUGGGGAACCACAAAACGCAAAGUUCAGAAAAAUCAGAAUGAGCAAUCCAAAGAUAAGGGAGGCGAUCGGUGAGGUCGCCGGAGGGGUCGAGUUGUUGGAGCUUGUGGGGUUUGAAUUGCGAGAGGAGGAGGGUGAAAUGUGGGCUGCAAUGGAGGUUCCUUCGGAGGAACGAAUUGGUAUAAUAAAAAGGACUAUUGAUUUACUCGAACCACCGAAGGUACAAGAGCCUCAGAAGAUGAAAAAUCCUUCAUCUCAAGCUUCAGUAGGGGCGGAUGAAAAGGUUGCGCCAAAGAAGAUUGACAGAAAGGUCAGGGUCUUCUUUGCUGUCUCCGAAAGCAUAGCAGCAAAAAUAGUUCUACCAGAUUCUUUCUAUAAUCUCUCUUUUGAUGAGCUGAAAAGAGAAGCUGAUUUGAGAAGGAAGAAGAUUGCAGAUUCACAGCUUUUAAUCCCAAAGUCAUACAAGGAAAAGCAGGCAAAAGCUGCUAGAAGGAAGUACACUAAAACUGUUAUUCGUAUCCAUUUUCCUGAUGGAGUGGUGCUUCAAGGUUUUUUCAAUCCAUGGGAACCAACUAGCUCUCUCUAUGAGUUUGUGAGCUCAGCUCUGAAAGAACCCAGUUUGGAAUACGAUCUAUUACAUCCUGUACUCGUCAAACGGCGGGUGAUCCCUCGUUUUCCAGCAGCAGGAGAGAAACUUCCAACACUAGAUGAAGAGGACUUGGUCCCCUCAGCGCUUAUAAAGUUUAGACCUGUUGAAACAGAUUCCAUUGUUUUUACAGGGCUGCGCAAUGAACUCCUUCAAAUUAGUGAACCUCUUGAAGUUGAUUCGGCUGUUGCAUCGGUGUAGUCAUGAAUCAAACCAUUCUGUUAUAAAUUUCAGUCAUUAGCACUUUUUGGUGAUUUCCUGUUCACCUACUUACGGUGGAACAUGAUCAUACAGAUACAGUUGACAAAAUGUGCAUUUGUAUAUGUUUGAUGAUUGAAGUGGCUUUACAAUAAAGUUGAUUUUGUAAGGCAUUGUUUGUGGAAGGCCUAUUGAGAAUCA